AUGUCGGACGACUAUUAUGACGGUAACGGCUUCGAUUCGAACGAGAGGGAUGCUGCCCCACGGAGGACGGCGUCCAUGCCGCUACGACAGAGGAGAUCUGCCCAGUUUUCGCCCGUACGAUCGCAUUUCCGGAGGAGUGAUCAAUUUCAACGAUUGCGGGAGGAGGAUGAGGACGAGGACGACCACCACGGCCACGAAGGCAUUUAUAAUGAUAAUGAUCAUAACACUCAUACGAGGAGGUGGUCAGCUAAUAUUCCAUCCCGGACCUUGUCUGAUUCCGCGUCUCGGCGCCAAUCGCAGCAGAACCGUGUGAAGUUCUCUGCUGAGCUUUCACGCUGGCCCAGCCCCGUCUGGGAGGAAACGCCCACCCCCAUAGCGGCGGUGACAUCGACGACAGCGACAGCAUCAGCGCCUGGUGGGAAUCGACCUCUAGCCCCCGCUGGUCUCACUAUCAACACAAGCCACGAGCCGUCCGGUAUCCCUCCGUCCGGUUUGUCCCCUCAUCAUUCCCAGCCGACCUCUCCCCUUUCCCCGAAUCCACGGCCGUCAUCUCUGCCAUCAAGCAGUACAGACCCAACCGGUCAACCGCGAACACGAAGUCGAGGGUAUUCCCUUCGACGUGCCGUCUUCGCGAAGAAUAUAGCGCCGCAGAUGAGGUCAGAGGACGCAAACGUUAUCGAAUUGGGACAAGCAGGACACGAUCAGGGCUCCAAUUCCAACGAGAAACAACAAGCGACGUUGAAAUCGACACCGGAGGUCCAGUUCGGCCUGACUGAUGAGCAGAUAUCAACGUUUCAAUCCAAUUCCACGGAGCCUCUCAAGAGUGGGAAGCAUUUCCCUUUAUCUAUUGCCCAGGACACGUGGCGGAGUAAACGAGCGGCCAGUACUAUCUUGCUAGACCGCUUAAAGGACUUCUUUCAACCUAUCCGCAAUACUGUUCUUCGCAUUCGAGAGAUUCCCCCGAGUAAGGAUGGCCGUCACAUCCUCCUCAACCCACAUAAUACCACGCCCUUGAUCGAUGAGAGGACAGGGAAGCCCUAUAUUGGGAAUUCCAUCCGGUCCAGUCGCUACAGUUUCUGGAGUUUCUUUCCCCGUCAAUUCGUUGCGCAGUUCACCAAACUAGCGAACUUCUAUUUCCUUCUCGUUGCCAUCCUGCAAAUGAUACCCGGAUUGAGUACUACAGGUUCCUAUACGACCAUAGUUCCUUUACUGAUUUUCGUGAGCAUCUCUAUGGGGAAGGAGGGGUUCGAUGAUUGGCGUCGUUAUCGAUUAGAUCGAGAGGAGAAUAACCGCGUCGCUCGUGUCUUAUGCCCAGGAACUGGUGGGGUGGCCUCACUAAAUGACAGCUCGUCAACUUUGGGCGAUUCACACGACUGGGCUCCUGUCAAGUGGAAGGACAUCAAGGUUGGCGAUGUCAUCAAGCUAAACCGCGACGAAUCUGUUCCGGCUGAUAUCGUCUUAUUACACGCUAAUGGACCGAAUGGAGCGGCAUUCAUCGAGACAAUGGCUCUGGAUGGAGAAACCAAUCUCAAGAACAAGCAACCAUGCCAACCUGUGGCCAAGGUGUGUGCUACGGUGGAGGAUAUCUGUGACAAUCAGAUUGAUUUUUGCGUCGAGGACCCGAAUCUUGAUCUCUAUAAAUUCGAUGGGAAUGUAACCGUUGGUGAAGACAAGCUGCCGUUGACCAACUCGGAGGUCGUCUACCGCGGAAGUAUCCUGCGAAACACGGAGAGAGCUAUUGGGAUUGUUAUAUACACGGGCGAGGAAUGCAAGAUUCGAAUGAACGCCAACAAGAAUCCGCGGAUCAAGUCUCCCUCUCUUCAGUUUAAAGUGAACCGUGUGGUAGCACUGAUCGUGGCCAUCGUCCUUCUCAUGUCCGUAAUAUGUACCGUCGGCUACAGCUUCUGGGAGAGGAACGUUGAGAAUAAGUCGUGGUAUCUCGAGGAUGCAGAUGUCUCAUUUGGCCCUAUCUUCACUUCAUUCUUGAUCAUGUUCAACACCAUGAUUCCAAUCUCACUCUAUGUGAGUAUGGAGAUCGUCAAAGUCGUUCAGAUGUUCUUGAUGAAUGACAUCGACAUGUACGAUGAGGAGACGGAUACCCCUAUAGAGGCACGGACUUCAACAAUCAACGAAGAACUUGGCCAAGUCAGCUACAUCUUCUCAGACAAGACGGGUACUCUGACUAACAAUUCGAUGCGCUUUCGCAAGAUGAGCGUCGCCGGUACCGCGUGGCUCCAUGACUUGGAUCUUCUAGAAGAAGCUUCUAGGGAAGGAGACCAAACCAAGCUGAUCCAUAAGAUGAGGAAGGACAAGGGGAAGAAGGCCGUGGGCCACCGCCGCAUCAAGUCUAACAAUUCUGAUAGAGCGCCCAUCAUGGGUGCAGAUUCUGAUAACGAAUAUCCCAAGGAGAAAAAUUCUUUCCCCGAUGCUCGUACAACAGAUAUGCUGGAGUAUAUCCAGCGCAAGCCUUACACCGUCUUCGCGAGAAAAGCGAAGUUAUUGCUACUGGCCAUGGCUAUAUGCCACACCUGCCUUCCAGAGCAAGAUAAGAGUGGGGAGAUAUCCUACCAGGCUGCUUCCCCAGAUGAGCUAGCCUUGGUUACGGCCGCAAAGGAUUUGGGCUACCUUGUUAUAGAUCGACAGCCAGAUACGUUGCGGAUCAGGACGUAUCCCAACGGGCCGGACGAGGAACCGGAGGAAGAGGUUUACGAGAUCUUGAACAUCAUCGAGUUCUCGAGCGCACGAAAACGGAUGUCCGUCGUCGUUCGCAUGCCCGAUCAGCGCAUUUGCAUUUUCUGUAAGGGUGCUGAUACCAUCCUCACACAACUGCUCAAACGGAAGCCGCUUGCACAGCAGAAAGUGAAGGAUAUCGAGAGGCGAGCUAGCAAACGGAAGAUAGCCGAAGCCGCUGAAGUGAUUAGACGUAACAGUGAGCACCAAAGUCGGAUCGAUGGACGAACCAGCUUCAGUCGGCCCAGUUUCAGCCGCACUCGGCCCAGUAUCUCAGGAAGACGUUCGAGUGUCUCCGGCCAUCGGGAGACGGUACGGAAUAGCGUCGACAUUUGGCUUCGUGAUCGCGAGACGGACGGGGGCAUGUUGCACAGAGACAGUGAUGUGGAGGAGUAUUACAACUCCCGACCAUCGGGUGCUUGGCGACGGUCGGCUGCCUUCUCGGAUUCGGACGACUCUACCCAAGAGGAAGGAGAGAGUGAAUUCGAGGAAGAUCUUGUUGAUGAGGCGUUGGUUGUGAACGAAGCCGCCGUGUUUGAGCGGUGUUACCAGCAUCUGAACGACUUUGCUGAAGACGGUCUGCGAACGCUUAUGUACACUCACCGGUUUCUGGACGAGGCAACAUAUAACAGCUGGAAGGCGGCAUACCAUGAAGCUUCUACCAGCCUUGUGGAUCGGCAGGACAAAAUGGAGAAGGUCGGUGAGCAAAUUGAGGUUCAGCUGGAGUUAACCGGUGCCACUGCCAUUGAAGAUAGGCUGCAAAAGGGUGUUCCCGAGGCUAUUGACAAGCUGAGGCGAGCGAAUAUCAAACUGUGGAUGUUGACGGGUGACAAGCGGGAGACAGCCAUCAACAUUGGUCACUCGUGUCGUCUGGUGAAGGACUACUCUACCCUUGUCAUCAUCGACCAUGAGACUGGCAAUGUGGAACAUCCCAUCCUCCAGCUGACAGCAGACAUCAACAAUGGCAUCGUUGCGCACUCUGUUGCCGUGGUUGAUGGGCAGACAUUGUCUGUAAUCGAAGCAGAUGAGGUUUUGAGGGAACAAUUCUUCAGACUUGCCGUCCUGGUUGAUUCGGUCAUCUGUUGUCGCGCGAGUCCCAAACAGAAAGCGUUCCUGGUCAAAACCAUUCGGAAGCAUGUCAACGACGCGAUCACGCUUGCCAUUGGUGAUGGCGCCAACGAUAUUGCCAUGAUUCAGGAGGCCCAUGUCGGCAUAGGUAUUACGGGUAAAGAAGGAAUGCAAGCUGCCAGGAUCUCAGACUAUUCUAUUGCGCAGUUUAGGUUCCUUCUGAAGUUGCUCUUGGUACACGGGCGGUGGAACUAUAUUCGCGUUUGCAAGUAUACACUCGGAACGUUUUGGAAAGAGACCCUGUUUUAUCUAACCCAAGCUUUCUACCAACGCUGGAACGGGUACACGGGAACGAGUUUGUACGAGCCGUGGAGUUUAAGUAUGUUUAAUACACUUUUUACGUCUCUACCGGUCAUUUUCCUCGGAAUCUUCGAAAAGGAUCUAGCAGCAUCCACUCUCCUCGCUGUUCCAGAACUGUACAACAAGGGCCAGCGCCAUUCUGGGUUCAAUAUCCGCGUGUAUCUCGGGUGGGCAUUCAUGGCUACCUGCGAAUCAGUGAUAAUCUUCUUCACCAUGCUCGGCUUGUAUGGAUACGGUGCCGUCAUCAACAAAACAGACGAUAUUUACUCCAUGGGUCUCUUAUGCUUCACUGCCUGCAUUACCGUGAUCAACCUCAAGCUCCAAGCCAUCGAAAUAUACAACAAAUCCCUUAUGUGCCUUAUCGUCAUCCUGAUCUCUGUCGGCGGUUGGUUCCUCUGGAACAUAUUCCUCGAUCUGAAAUACAGCUUCGGGGCGGGCAAUGGAAUCUACCAUGUCCUAGGCAAUUUCUUCAACGAAACGGGCCGCAAUUUCACGUUCUGGAUUGUCCUAUUCCUGGCCGCCUCUGCCGUCAUACUCUUCGAAAUCGCAACAGCCGCCAUCCGAGCAUUCCUAUUCCCCACGGACGUGGACAUCUUCCAAGAAUACGAGCAGGACCUGGAAAUCCGCAAGAGAUUCGAAGAAGCUGCCGCGUCCGAACUACAGAAAGGCUGGCAUAAUCAUGAAAGGGAGAGGGAGCGGCUCAAGCGGAAACUGAAGUGGAAACAGAAGCGGCAGAAUAAUGCCAAUGGCAACAAUACUCCGAUCCAGGUUGAGUUCCAGUCGCAGAUACCGAAGAGAGAUCCUUCUGCCGGCUUCGAACGAACGACCGCCGACACCUCGGCUGAAGCCGGUGAAAGACAAGUACAGAAGCAUCUCUCCAGGCCUAGAGUCAUGACGCCCGUCCAUCACCACAGACCCAGCGCAGCAGAGCAAUCGGGCUAUGCGCAGAUGGACGAGGUCGAGCUUGACGGAUACACGGGUGUCGGAGUUGGCCCUCCCAUUCGGGACGAGGAGUACGGCGCGAUUGACGGUGAAGCCGAUGGGGAAGUUCCCAUGGCCCCCAGACGGACAGAAACUGACGAUGCGAACGAGCUAUUUAGACAAGGAUUUGGAUCCAUUCGGAGGGGACACAUGAUUGUUGCUGGUUCGGAGUACCUCAAAAAGCAAUAA